AUGAUCUUCGAAGCAGAAGGCAUCAAAGCUGGAGGUGGGGAAAGCUGGAUCCCAGUCUGUUUACCGGGAUUCAACAGCAGCGGUUAUCUAUAUAUGUAUGUCAGUUUUCUUGAUCUCCGCGAAAACUCAGGCACUUCUGCCAGCGAGACGACAACAGAGCAGUCGGUGGCCAUCAUCCUGAUAAGCCCGAAUAAGGAAGGGUUUUUCGAGAUGCAGGAGAUGCGAAAUUCACUUGUCGAGAAUCCGGGUUGUUUAGGACACACUAACUCGAUCCGGCGCUGGCAGCAACUGGAGAAGAAUAAUAGUAUCAACAUCAUCAAAGAAGCUAUCGAUGGAGGUCGUCCGACUACUACUGAUAUUGUUCCUGGCACUGUCUUGCAUCAUUUCUUGUAUAAAUCUCGGGCAAAUGUCCAAUUCACAAUGUCCUCCUACGAACCUGAGUUCACAUCGAUUUCUAGGCGUCGAAGUAUUCAUGCUAAGCAUGCUCAUGUAAAAGUUCACCAUUGUAUUUCCCAAUCAGCCAGUUCUUUUGCUUGGGUGACUCCAAUAUUUGAACUUUACUGUGUUGCUAGCCCCAAUGCCAAUCGCAAUGCACUUGCACAGAGUGCAAGUAAGGUUGUCCAGUGGGUACAACGGGAGGAAGAACGGUUGUUUAUAAUUGGCGGAGCUGUUUUCUAA